AUGCCCGCUGCCACCCGUGCCAUCCUGCGGCAAUCGCAGUUCCUGACCCGGCGCACCGUUGUCAGACACGCCUCUUCCACCUCCGAGGCUGCCUCCAAGGCUGGUCAGACUGCCUCCAAUGCUGCUUCCAAGGCCCAGGAGGGUUUGUCCAAGGCCACUGCUGCCGCUGGCCCGGCUCUCUCCAGCGCCGCCUCGGCCCUGCGGAAGGUCGGCGGUCCCGUCGGCAAAGUUGUUUCGUUCGUUGACUCCAUGAUUCCCCCGACCAUCUACUACUCCCGCGUUGGCCUCGAGCUCGGCAAGCUGGUGUUCCGUGGCCAGAAAAUGUCCCCUCCUACCCUGGCCACCUUCCAGUCCUACUUCCAGCCCCUGACCAACGUCCUCCGCAACCCCGCCUACAUCAAGAACCUCAGCGUGCCCUCUCCCCAGGGCUUCCUGAACCGCGUUCGCAAUGCCAACGCCAAGGAGAUCGCUUUCUUCGGUGUUACCGCCGCUGAGGUCAUUGGCUUCUUCACCGUUGGCGAGAUUAUCGGCCGCAUGAAUAUCGUCGGUUACCGGGGCGAGACUGCUCACCACUAA